GGUCAGCGGCGAGCCUGAUUGGCCAGCAGGAGGUGGGUUUGCCGUUCACGUCGGAGCCUUUCGUCAUUGCUUGCCGCGGGAAAUGCAACCGGAAAACCAAGCUGGCUGGAAAACACCAAGACUGAGUGAUAGGAAGUCGCGGGGCCAAAAGAUGGACCCUGCAUUUCCUAUUGGAGCCGAAGGAAAAAGCAGGGUCCCCUCUGCAUUUGUAAGGCCUUUCCCACCUGGAGAGGACGAUUUUGGAAUGGAAAGGGAGAUUGCAGUUCCAGCCUUUGUUCAUAAGCAUCAAAGUUCCUCUCCACACUUUCCCUCACCCCAUCUUCUGGGGUUGCAGAGUGGCACAGCAGUAACACCAGCAAAGGGACUAGCACGAAGUCCAAGGACAGGGUCUCCCAUUCCCAGCCUUAGCCACACACCCCAUGCUUCUCCCAGCUCUCGUGACUUGGAACUGCACUCUUUGCGGAACCAGGUGCAAGAGAUCCAAGAUAAGUUAAAUGGGGACAUUAUAAGCAGUACAGAAUAUCAGCAGCUAUUCUAUGAGAAGGUGAAACUUGAGGAAACGUUGGGGGCCACAGAACAUGAACUCCAACAGCUUCAAACUGCAUAUAAUGACUUAGAGACAAAUGCUGCCUUGACUGAGAGGAAUUUGAACUCAGAGCUCAGAGAUAUGAAAGAAAAAUAUCAGGUUAAAUCAGAAAAGCAUAAGGCCACACUGGAAGAACUAACAAGAUUAACAGACUACCUGAGAGACCUGCCCACCCUGGAUGAGCACCAACAACUGCAACAACAGCUAGCCAGAAAAUCUGCCCAAUCUACACAUUUGUCCAGGAAAAUUGAUCACCUCGCUCAGAAAUUGGCUGAGUUGGCAGCAAGGGAGAGUGAACACGAGGCCAGAAUUGAAGUUUUGUCUCAAGAUAAAGAAGACUUGGCUCUCAAACUAGGACUAACUGAGAAGAUUUUAAAGGACCUGGAGAGUCAGAAAGCAGCUGCACAUGAGGAGGGUCAACACAGCAUGGAGGAUUUACUGUGGCGACUAGACCAAGUGACAAAAGAGCUGGAUAGUGCUAAAAAGUUACUGAACUACAGGAAGCAGAAGCUAGAGUCUCAGCAGAAGGAAAUCCUAAUACAAGAAAAAAAACACAAUGCAAAUAUGCAGGCAGAAGUGGAGCUUGGGGAGAAGCUCAAGGAGCAAGUUUGGGAGCUGGAGAAGGAGCUGGAAGACUGCAAGCAGAGAGAAGAAAGGACUAAAAACAGCCUUGCUAAGGCAACAGAAAAACAAAUAAGAACAGAAGAACGUUUAGAGGUCACCUUAAGCCAAAUCAGGUCUCAGCAUCAGACAUCUUCGAUGGUUGUUUCCCUCAUAGCCCACUUGAACAGUGCUGUGCUACAGCUCAGGGAUCUGGUAACUGUCUCCCAGCAAAUUAGCCAAGGGACUCUCCCAGACCUUACAGUGUUAUUGAACUUCAAAGAUCCUGAAGUAGCAGACCAAGGGGGAAUGCUUACUGCUGAUGACCUGCAAGAAAAACUGGGUGAAGUUCGUGGCUUGAUAAGUGAGCUGGACCGUAUCAGGACAGCAUUGCAGGAGGAACAUGCAAAUCAGUUGGCCUCUAACGUGUCAUGUGCACAGAUGUGAUUAGACUAUUUUAUGUCAACUUGUUUGCAGGAUUUUAUAGAAUGGAUAUGAAUAUAUGUAUAUUUAUUACCUAUAUGGGAAUAAAAUGUACGCAGUAGUUAUUAAGUAAGCAGCAGGUAGGUUAAUCAUAUUUAUAAGUAUUUAUAUUUAUUGUUUUGUUUUGAUUUUACAUUUUAAUCAAUCCACAUAUCGUUUUUGUAACAAAUGUGCAUAAUGUGAACACAAUCUAAUAACUGAAUUUGCCAGCAAAAGAAAUCUCAAAACUGUAUCACUCACUACUGACAUCUCUUAUGUUACAAAUAUAUUACAAAACUUGUUUAUUACAAAACAAUUUUGAAUCAUGAAUCGUUAUGGAGAUGGAAAUGCAAGGUGGAUUUUCAUCCUCUGAUCAAUUAUUAAAAAUAUUCAAAUACCAUUGUUUCAAAGCUUGCUUUAGUGGUUUCUGAAUGUUAACCUGUCUAUUUUUUUUUUUUUUUUUUUUUU